UUCAGCUGAGAGCAAAGCGUCACCGAUUCGCUGGAAGCCGAGCUGUCCGGAAGGCCCCGCCUAUUAUGUUCCGACAAGAAGGCGUGGCCGUCCACAAGAAGCUCAGUUCACGGAUGUGGAUCAGUAGCUGCCAUAGUGAUUCUUCGCAUUUAAUCGGCUGCGUUUGUCCUUGCCAGAAAGCUUGUUGACUUCAGUCAGACUUUCCAGAUCCCGUAAUGGCUGUCGCUCACUUCCUACUACUGAGCAGUCUUGGCCUUGCCAUAACAACUCAAGCUCAAGACUGCUCCCGACCUGUAGGAGGACCAAACAUGAGUUUGAAGGGCGAUGACAUUCUUUUACAAACAUUCCCAGAUGGGACCAGGGUUUCUUUUGCCUGUGAUCCUGGCUACGUGAGUGCAGGCGGGUCUGCAUCCAUUACCUGUACUGCUGGCACUUGGAGUCCUGUGAAAUUGAAAUGCGAUCCAAGGAACUGUGGCUCCUUCGGAGAGUUGUUAAAUGGACAAGUUACUUACCCUGAAGGGUCAUCUUUUGGCGAUCAACUAUUGAUGAUUUGUAACGAGGGUUAUAAUCUGGUUGGCAAACCUCGGGUUACUUGUGGAGUCCAGGGGUGGGAGGGCAGGUUGGCUGAAUGUGAAGUGGUGACUUGUCCUGCGCCGCCUCCAGUGCAGAAUGGCAAUUACAGUCCAAUCAAAGAACCUUAUGAAUAUUUAGAAGUUGUACAGUACACUUGUGCAAGAGAUUAUACACUUAUUGGAACAAGAACACUGUCAUGUUCAGCGAAUGGAACUUUUACGCCCGAUCCACCAACAUGUACCAGGGUUGAAUGUCCAGAUCCCAACAUUAGAAAUGCUGAAUGGUAUGAGGGUUCCCGACCCCCUCAUGGAUACCAGUCUACGGUGACCUACAGAUGCAGAUCCGGAUAUACCAUGAUAGGAUCCGGCAUCCUGACAUGUGGUGUAGAUAGUCAGUGGUUACCUGGGCUUCCAACAUGUAUCAAAACACCAACCCCGACUAAACCCACCACCACCACCACCACAAAGGACCCAGCAGCACGCACUCCCAUCACGACUGCCAGUACUACUGCACUGUCUGAGCCAUCACGCACUCUCAUCACAACUGCCAGUACUACUGCACUGUCUGAGCCAUCUUCUCCUGACCCGGUCACACCUUCUAACAAUGGCCCUCGAAUAGGAUUGGGUGUUGGUUUGGCAGCCCUCAUAGGUUGUGUCAUCACUGCUUGUGUAUGCUAUUUCUGUGGAGUCCCGGCUUGCAUCAAGGAUAAACGCUCUCGUGGAGGCUAUCCUGACAAUGAUGCUACAAAAGAUGGGGAGGAUGUAGCACUUUCGUAAGCGUAGCACUACUGCUGGUCCAAAAUUGCUGGGUGUAAAACUGUCUGGUUGAGAAGAAGAUGAUCAUAUCACUGGACAAGUCUUCAAAUCUACUGUGUGCACAAUCCUGUGGAACCCACCAAAAAAAAGUUUGUGCACGCCAGUCUAAGAUUCAGAAAAACUGAACCCCUUAUUCUCCAUAAUUCAGUUCAGUGAUGUUUGGGAUGGCACCCCUUUUCUUUGGACAAUAGUGUAAUCGCUAUCGCAACAGUGUUUUAUGCUGUAAUUAUGAAGGAAAGAGAUUUGAUGUUUAUGGAAGAGGCUUAAACCCAAUGUUGAUUUAAUAUUAUUGCACUAUAGCUCACAGCACAGCGCAGCGCAGCCUGGCUGUUACAGCUCAAGUAUACGGAUCGCUUUCAACAAGCAGAAUCAGUAAAGAAUGUUUGAAUGCUUGACCUAUUGUAAUAUAGAUUUUGUUUAAAUUUUAGAAAAGAAAAAAAAAUCCACAUUUAUCAGUUUUGUGCUUAAGACAGCUGUUGAUUUGCCUGUAUAUAGCUGCAAAAAAAUUAUUCCAUUGGUGUAACUGAUAUGGAAAUUAUUUGUGUAAAAAAAAAAAAAAAGAGAAGCUGAUGACCUCCAACUGCUACCUUUUCAAGAGAUAAUAAUGGGAUCUGUAAAACAGUCCCUAGCAUAGUGCCUAAAUAUAGGCAUGUUCAAACUGCCUUAAAUGAGAACCACGUAGCAUAGUUUUUGUCAGUUUUUUUAAUGUUACUGGAAACUUAAUGUUUGUGCUAAUUAAUUAGCCAUGUUUAAUGGCAUGUAUGUCAAUAUCCUCUGGCAUGUAAAAAAUAUAGCUAUUGUAAUACCACUAAUAAAAACAUCACAUCUCCCCCCUCCAUAUUGGUUUUGUAAACCCCUCUCUGCCAGAGUUUCAGUUUAAUGUUUGUUGAACUAUACACCACUAUAAAGAAUGAGUAAAACAGUGUGUGUAUGGUUAUGUAAAGAUUUAAAGACUUUGAUCUCAGAAAAUGUUGCACUUGCUUUUUGUCUAUUUAUUGAAUGUAUUCAGAUUUGUUUCAGAAAAUCAUUACGUUUUUCUUUUGAUUUGAGGCAGGAUUUUAUUUGGCAGCACAGUUUGUAAUAAAUUAAUAAAAUAAAACAAUAACAGACAA